UCCAGCGUCCACUCAGUCACGGUAGUCACUGGUGACACUACAAAACAAACUUGAAGCUUCAGGAAACAGCAAAGGGACCGGGAAACCUCGGACAGUGGUCGAGCGCCGCAAUGUCCGCUACCAGCACCACCAGAAUCGAAACCUACGAGGAGUUCUUCAAAGUUCAUGGUCUGCUCCUUACAGCUUCGGGAUUGCCGCAGACGCUGCACCGUCAACUGUUCCAGAAGCUCUCGUCGGAGACCUUCGAUGGCGGUUCCUACUUCCAAAUCGAGCCGACCGAGGACGGCCGCCAGAGGAGGCUAGUUCUGACCUCGGAGUUCAUGUCUAAGGACUCCAAUGUUUUCCUUAUCGACCACGCCUGGACUUUCCGUCUCUCCGACGCUUUCAAACAGUUGCAGGAAGUUCCGGGUUUGGCGGAGAGAAUGGCUUCGAUAAUGUGCGUGGUCGACGAUUUGAAUUCCGAUUCCGAAGAGAAAAAUGAAGCUUUGGAUUAUAAUAAUGCAAAACGGAGCGUUUUUGAGGUAGUAGAAAGCGAACUUUGUGCUGCAAAAGAGAAAGGGGAUGGCAAUGUGAAGUGGUUGGAGCUUGAUGAGCUCGGCAUCGACGAUGAUACGCUGCUGUCGCUCGAUUUAGGCAGUAAAUUUCCAGGUCUACUUGCUCUGAGCCUGUGUGAGAACAAGCUCGAGAACAUAGACGUAGUGGUUCAGGAAGUUACCAAAUUCAAAGAACUGAGAGCUCUCUGGCUGAACAAUAAUCCAGUUGUUCGAAAUUGCGGUGGUCAAUUGGCAGAUAGAGUUAUGGAGGAAUUACCGAAUUUGGAAAUAUACAACUCAGUCUUCACCACUAAGUUUGGAGAAUGGGCAUUGGGAUUUUGUGGAGAGGUAUAUGAUAAAGAAAAUCCAGGCAGCAGCAGCAACUUUCAUGAGGCUGAGUCUUCAUUACGCAGGAUCACCUCUCUUGACCUUUCCAAUAGAAGUAUUCACAAUUUAAUCAAUAAGGAAUUUUCACCUAUUCAGUUGCCGUCCCUAACACACUUGAAUCUGCGAGGGAACCCUUUGGAGCAGAACUCAUUUGUUGACUUGCUGAAUGUCCUUGGAGAAUUUCCCUGCUUAAAAUCUCUGGAGGUAGAUAUUCCUGGCCCUCUUGGAGAAAGUGCUGUUGAAAUUCUUCAAUCUCUUCCUAAUGUUUCAGUUCUGAAUGGUAUUAGUGCAUCGAAAAUAUUAGAAGCUGAAAAGCAUGUGAUUGAUUCAAAGCUUGAGCCACGCCUACCUGAAUGGACAGCAGAUGAUCCUCUUGUUGACCGUGUUCUAAAUGCAAUGUGGCUAUAUUUAAUGACAUAUAGACUAGCGGAUGAGGAAAAGAUUGAUGAGACCUCUGUAUGGUAUGUAAUGGAUGAACUAGGUUCGGCUUUGCGGCAUAGUGAUGAGCCAAAUUUCAGAGUGGCUCCUUUCCUCUUCAUGCCAGAGGGGACACUGACAUCGGCUGUGAGUUUUUCUAUUUUGUGGCCAAUCCAGAAUGUUGAAAAGGGUGAUGAGUGCACUCGCGAUUUUCUGUUUGGUAUUGGGGAGGACAAGCAACGUUCUGCAAGGCUUACAGCUUGGUUCCAUACACCACAGAAUUAUUUUAUUCAAAUGUAUGAGAGGCACAAGCAAAUGUUACAGACAAAAAGUUUAACUCCACCUAUAAAGUCAUCUCCGUCUGGAACUUGGCAACAGAAUGUUGGAUGUACUUAUCGUGUUUACACUGACAUACCUCAUGUAGAAGAAUUUUUGACACGCCCUGAGUUUAUAAUCACAACUGAUCCAAAGGAUGCAGAUAUUAUAUGGACAAGUGUACAGGUGGAUGAGGAUAUGAAGAAGGCUACUGGAAUAAAGGACAAUCAAUAUGUAAACCAAUUUCCUUUUGAGGCUUGUCUUGUGAUGAAACAUCAUCUAGCAGAGACAGUUCAGAAGGCACAUGGUUCUCCUGAAUGGCUGCAGCCUACUUAUAAUCUCGAAACACAUCUAUCACAACUUAUUGGUGACUAUUAUGUACGUAAAAGAGAUGGCUGUGACAAUCUAUGGAUAUUAAAACCCUGGAAUAUGGCACGAACUAUAGAUACAACUGUUACUGAUAAUUUAUCUGCUAUUAUCCGGCUAAUGGAGACUGGUCCAAAGAUAUGUCAGAAGUAUAUUGAGCAUCCUGCCUUGUUUGAUGGGAAGAAGUUUGAUCUCCGUUACAUAGUAUUAGUUUGCAGUAUGAACCCUCUGGAGAUAUUCCUUUCUGAUGUUUUCUGGGUUAGAUUGGCAAACAACUCUUAUUCUUUGGACAAGCAUAGUUUUUUUGAGUACGAGACCCACUUCACUGUUAUGAACUAUAGAGGAAGGUUGAAUCACAAGAACACGCCAGAUUUCGUGAGGGAAUUUGAACAGGAGCAUCAAGUUAAAUGGUCAGAUAUCCAUUCAAGAGUAAAAUGUAUGAUCAGGUCAGUGUUCGAAGCGGCUGUCAUAGUACAUCCUGAGAUGCAUAGUCCAACAUCAAGGGCCAUUUAUGGCGUGGAUGUUAUGCUUGAUAGUUCUUUCCAGCCAAAGCUAUUGGAGGUGACCUAUUGUCCCGACUGUACAAGAGCAUGCAAGUAUGAUUCAGAGUCUAUAUUUGGAGAAAGACGAGUAAUAAAAGGUCGCGAUUUCUUCAAUCAUGUCUUUGGUUGUCUUUUCUUGAAUGAGACCGCAUAUGUUACUCCUAUUUAGCUGAGCUGUAAUGGAUAAUUUUUUGGUAAUACUAGAGCCGCCAUCUGCAAUUUUGAGUCGUUUUCUAUGUGGUCAUCUUAUUUUAUGAGGAGUUUUGGGAGACAGAUGAUUCAUAUAAUUGGGGUACUUUUUAUUAGUGAAAUAUUUUUGGGUUUUUUUUUUUC